GAUUUUGCCCAACCCUCAAACAAAGCCCAGUUUUAGUGAUGGCAUCCGUGACAUUAAUCUUUUUAAUCUCUAUCACCGUUUUAGUUGUGGUCUUCCUCCUCUUUUGGGCUUUAGAUUUGCUAAAAAGCAAACUUGCCGAAAGAUCCCAAGAAAAGGUUCGGUCUCAAUCUCUUGCCGACAACACUCAGCAUUUAGACAAAAAACCUCUCAUAGUUCCCAUACGAAAUGACUUGGAACUUCUAAGGCGAGAACCUUUUGCUUCUAACAUUCAAGAGUGCUUGGUGAUCGUUCUUAGUAAUGAAAGUAAGACUGCCGGUGUGUGUGCUUACCUCAACGAUCUGGAGGUUGAUUAUUUUGUGGAGGAUUUUCCCCCCUGUUGCCAAAGAUAUCCCAAUGAGCAUGCUCUAAGAUCAUUUUUGGGUGCUAUGAAUACCUUCUCCGAUAAAUGGGUCUAUGCUGAGGCGGUAACUUACCUUCACAACGAUUUCGACCUCAUCAAAUCCGUUAAUACCCAAGGGACCAGGCAUGCUCGUCUUGUGGGGAAAUACGAGGCCAAGUAUUACUAUCGAGUAAUCCCGCAAUGGACCGAGAACUUCGUUUGUGACAAUAUUGAACUUGAAGAAUACUGGGAAAAUAUGGUCGAAUUCACAAAGAGGUUAUUGAAAGCAUCGGAAUUUUCCAGUCCUAAACUUUGGAAGCGGUUUCCGUUGAACCAUUGGAAACGUAAACAGAUAUUCUUCAAGGCCGAUGAUUUCCAUCAGGUUCCUCAUCCGGGAGCAAUGGACAACAUUCGUAGACAAACGCCUAAUCUUCUACCUCAAGUCCAAGAGGAAACAACAGCUGUCUUGGUCCCGAUUGAUUAAAUACUUCAUCAUGAUUCAUUCACAGCGUUUUGAUAGCCUUUCAAUCAAUGGCUCCCAAACCAAUGGUGUCUAUUGACCAUUGAUACAACCAGCCAUAUUCCUUCUCGUCAAGUUGGAACCUAGAAAAACGUACGCUAUGGUAGAUUACCGUGGUCGCAUGUUGCAGCUAAAAGACCCUUCUCAAAAUGCACUCUCGCGUAUUUGGGACCAAUUCACGCUAUGGUUUGAAACCAUUUUUUUUACCCACUUCAAAUGAUACCAAUUUUCCGAAGGUCAAUGCCUUACUAACUUAACUCACAUCUGGAUGAAUUGAUUUUGAAGAAUUGAAGAAACGAGGCUAGUCUCUUGUUCAUGA